ACCAGCCAGGAAGUUAAACGAAACAAGUCAAAAGUGACCAGACUGUCCUGGUUAGCUAACGAAGCGAAAGCUGUGCUCGUGGGGAAAUAUAACUACUUUUAUAAGGUUACUUGGGGUUUCUUGUGUACUUCGUUUGUGUUUCUUUAUCGGUUUGCUAAUAUACAUGAUUUGUUGUCGUGGAAUCACGGCUUGGCUCUCUCUCACUCACCACUUGUUUCCAGCUAAUUUGUACCUAGCUAGUUAGCUAGCUAGCUUGCUAGUUACGUCGAAGACGGACGACGAGAAGACAAACCAAGAAAUUGAAGAUGACUGAGUACAAGUUGGUGGUGGUUGGUGCAGGCGGCGUUGGUAAGAGUGCCCUCACCAUCCAGCUCAUUCAGAACCACUUUGUGGAUGAAUACGAUCCGACCAUCGAGGAUUCGUACAGGAAGCAGGUGGUGAUCGACGGCGAGACAUGUCUGCUGGACAUUCUGGACACAGCAGGACAGGAGGAGUAUAGCGCCAUGAGGGACCAGUAUAUGAGGACGGGGGAAGGUUUUCUCUGCGUCUUCGCCAUCAACAACAGCAAGUCUUUUGCUGAUGUGCAUCUGUACAGUGAAUUCUGUGACCCUCUCCCAUCCCCUUUCUUUUGUAGAGAACAGAUCAAGAGGGUUAAGGACUCUGAUGAUGUCCCGAUGGUACUUGUGGGUAAUAAAUGUGAUCUGGCUAGAACUGUAGACACAAAGCAAGCACAGGAGCUUGCCAGAAGUUAUGGCAUCGAGUUUGUUGAAACCUCAGCCAAGACAAGACAGGGAGUGGAGGAUGCCUUCUACACACUGGUUCGAGAAAUCCGCCACUACCGCAUGAAGAAGCUCAACAGCAGAGAGGACCGCAAACAGGGAUGUCUGGGCAUCUCCUGUGCUGUCAUGUGAUCAGGACCAACCAAUCAGACUUUUUCAUGGCAUAUCGACCAGGGCAUUUGUCAGUUGGUCUGAGAGAUCUGGCACUUUUCUUUUUAGUUUGUGUGUGAGUGGAGGUGUUUCCACACACAUAACUUGGACUUGGCAAAAGGUUUCUACAGUGAGGCCCCCUGCUGGUCUGCCUGGGCAUUGCAGAGUUAUUGUGAUAGUUGCCUUUGCUUCCUUGGAAAGAGGAUCGGACGUGCUGACAAAACAGUUUGGUCCUGUGUCUUUUACUGCAUGUGUGUGAGGGGAUUCAAAAUUCUCUUCCACCAAUGGGAUUUUGUGUUUAAGCUCAGGAAUCAACUCGCCGUGUGUGUGUGUGUGCCUGUGUGCGUGUGUGUGCCGGAGGCAGUGUGUUCCAUCUCAAACCUCACUGACUCUCAAUGUGUCUUUUGCCACCAAAAAGCUCUCUUUUUCUGCUUCACCUCCUGGAGCCAGAAGCAUUUCACAGACUAUACUGUGACGGAUGGAUAUUAGUAGACACAAGGAUUAAAAAGAAAACACCAGUGUUUUUUUCAGACGGAACAGAGAUGAAGAAACAUUUCAUUGGAUGCUGGCUGCGACCUUCGUGUGCCUUUUCUGUUUGCCUUGUGCUGUGUGGACAGUCUUCGUCUUUUCCUCACCUUAUCUGCAUUUCUUUGAUGCAUUUUAUCCUGUUGUACUGUGCUGUUAAUGGAGGCCGUUUGGAGGGGUAAUCGGAAGCGGGAUCAUCUGUCACAACUAAUAUGUCCUGGAAAAUGAUAGUCAUCAGUACUUUAUGAUUUGAUUUGCCCACAGGGAAAUUGGAAGCUUCAUGUUCACAAUAGUGUAAAAUGCAGCAUUUCUCCAGCAUUUCAGUGCAGCCUACAAGGGCAUAGCACUACAUGUGAUUUAAGAAAGAAAAACACUGUUGUACUGUUUCAUCAAAAUCCUUUAGCAUAGCCCCACUGGAAUGAUCAAUGUCAAACAUUUCCUAUGCUAGUGCUGUGAGUUCCAGACAUGAUGCACACGUCUGGUGACUAUUUGUGUUAAAGAGAAGUCUUUUCAAUCAUGACAUUCUUUUUAGUAUGAGAUUUUUUAAAAUUGAGCAUUAUUACUCUUGUGUUAUUAUUCUAUGAGAAGAGAGAAGCCAGAAUGUUGCCAUAUGGUCAAGGGGUCAAUAUUCCAAUUCCACACAUGGACACAACAAGAAACAUGUAGCUAUGCUGAGGUGCUGAAACCGUUGACUGUAUAUUUGACUUUUUAUACAGUCCAUGGCUGAAACUGGUCUGCCUGUGCCUUUGCAUUGGGUGGGAAAUGAUUGCAUCCUGUCAACUUGAUUUUGUAAAAAUGUAUCAUGGAUAUAAUGCGACUUUUGUUUUCAGUAAAUUAAUUCUACGAAA